CGUGACAGAGGGGACGCGCACGCGCGUUGUGCGCUUCUCGCCUGCCCUGCUAUUCUCCGCUUUAUCAUGGCGGCCGGAGGGGCUGAGGUGGACGUGGGGGCGGACGCGUCCCUGUUGCCGGGCUGGGAGCGGGAAGGCGCGGCCAGAGAGGCGGCGGAAGGAGUAAAAGCUGGGACCUGCACCAUCUUAGAUGUUGUUGAAAACUUGGGGUCUCCUCUUAAGAAUGCAGAUCCUCGAAUGCGUGCACAGGGCAUCCAAACGCUUUCUGAAGUCCUCCUGCAAUGCUACUCCCUCCUUCAAGAGCGGGAAGUGUCCCACCUGGUCUUGUUCUAUGAGAACCGCCUGAAAGAUCAUCACCUGGUCAUUUCUUCUGUGCUGCAGGGACUCAAAGCUCUGAGUAUGUGUGUGGCGUUGGCUCCAGGUCUGGCAGUGUCUGUUCUCAAGGCCAUUUUCCAGGAGGUUCAUGUCCAGUCUUUGCUGCAAGCGGAUCGCCAUACAAUCUACAGUAUCAUUACUAACUUCAUGAGCAGCCGAGAGGCAGAACUGAAAGGUCUGGGUGCCGAUUUCACCUUCGGGUUCAUCCAGGUGAUGGAUGGAGAGAAGGACCCACGCAACUUGUUAAUAGCCUUCCAGAUUGUACGAGACAUCAUUGUGAAGGGCUAUGCAUUGGGGCCCUUCGCAGAGGAGUUGUUUGAGGUGACUUCCUGCUACUUCCCCAUCGACUUUACCCCUCCCUCCAAUGAUCCUCAUGGAAUCCAGAGAGAAGACUUGAUCAUCAGCCUGCGGGCAGUGCUGACCUCCACUCCCAUUUUUGCUGAGUUCCUGAUCCCGUUGCUCAUUGAGAAAAUGGACUCUGACGUACAAAGUGCCAAGCUGGACUCCCUGCAAACCUUGAAUGCUGCCUGCAUGAUCUAUGGGGAAAAGGAGCUGAAGGAGUUCCUACCCAGCCUUUGGUCAUCCCUGCGCAGGGAGGUGUUCCAGACAGCAAGCGAGAAGAUUGAAGCAGAAGGUCUGUCUGCUUUGCGUGCUCUGUCAACAUGUCUGUCCCGCUUGGUGCUCAGUUCCGAUGAUGAGGAUCUUUUAGAUUCCUUCCUUACAGGCAUUCUGCAAGAUUGCAGACACCAUCUGUGUGAGCCUGACAUGAAGCUGGUGUGGCCAAGUGCCAAACUCUUGCAGGCGGCUGCAGGGGCCUCUUUGCGAGCUUAUUACCGGAUCAUAUACAGUGUACUUCCCUUGCUGGUGGAACAGUACACCAAGCAUGAGCAGAGUAGCCAGCACAGGACAAUCUUGGAAGUGCUGCUUGGUUUCUUGGAGCUGCGGCAGCAGUGGGGGCCUGAGGAAGACGACAAGAGUCCACUGCUUUGUUUCAAAGAUGCCCUGUGUUCCGUGGUGUUCUCUGCACUUUCUGAGUCCAGUGUGCAACUUCAGUUGGUUGGCAUCCGGGUUCUGACCUUUCUAGGAUCACUGCAAGGGCUCCUGACCCUCUCAGAUGUGGAGAUGUUUGUGGAUCACCUUACAAAGUUAAUCUUGCAUGAGGACGAUUCCCAGACCAGCAUGGUAGCUAUGGAGGCGGCUGGACGCCUGGCUCCCCUCUAUCCACAAGCCUUCAGCAAGUGCUUGGUUCAGAAGUUCUCAGAAGGGCUGCAAUCAGAGCUUCAGAAGGACAGCAAUCCAUCCCAGCAGGAACGUCGCCUGCAGGCUCUAGCAGCUGUGUCCACGCACCCUAGUAUAGUGAGGGAAACAGUUCCAGUCCUCCUGCAGCACUUCCAGCAGAUUCAGCAAGAGAGUAUACCUGCAGAUACCCACUCUGUGGUGUCUGUGUGCCAGAGUCUGCAGCAGGUAGCAUUCCAGUGCCAGGAAGAUGCUCAGAGUUACUGGUACUUCCACCAGGCUGUGGUGCCCUGCUUGGUGGGCUUAGCAGUCAAGGCUGCAAUGCAAGAGAAUUCCCAUACAUUGCCAAGCAGUGUGCUGCUGAAGGAAGAAGCCUUAUCAGCCAUGGUAUCGGUCAUCAGCAGUGCAUGUACGCACUUAAGACCAGAGCAGGCUGCCCAGAGUGUCUCCAAAGUGGUUCCCCUCUUCUUGGAUGGAGAGCUUUCCUUCCAACCUGGAAACACCUUUCCCAGCACGUUCCAGCCCUUCCAGGAUGGGCAGUGUCUGAUGGCAGCCCAGAGAAGGCUUGUUGCUCUCCUCAUGGCCUUUGUCUGCUCACUGCCAAGGAAUGUUCCAAUUCCUCAGCAAGACCGCUUGCUACGUGAACUGCUAGCCCUGAGCUGCUCCUGUGACUGCCCUUUCACUGCCACAGCUGCUGCCAAAUGCUUUGCAGGACUGGUUAACAAGCACCCAGCAGGGCCUCAAUUAGAUGAGCUGUUGGAGCUGGCCAUGAACAAGUUGGAGCAUGGCCUGAAUGAGGGUCCUCAUCAAAGCCAAGCCCUCACUCUGCUGCUGUGGGUGAGCAAGGCUUUGUUGCUACGCUACCACCCGCUAAGCACACACCUGACGGACAAGCUCCUCGUGCUUUUGGGGGACACGGUCCUUGGCCCUGCGGUGGGCGAUGGCCUUGCCUUGCUCAUGGCUGACUCCCCAGAUGUGCUGGGCAAGAGCUGCCACGCUGAGGUGCGCCUCAUGUUCCGCCAGCGCUUCUUCACAGAGUGCGUGCCGCAGUUGGUGCAGGGUUUCCACACAGCAGCUCCUGAUGUGAAGGCGAAUUACCUGAAAGGCCUGUCUCACAUACUGAACCACCUGCCCAAACCAGUGCUAGUGACAGAGCUGCCAACGUUGCUACCUCUCCUGCUGGAAGCUCUGUCGUGUCCUGACCUUGUGGUGCAGCUCUCAACUUUGCACUGCCUACAGCCGCUGUUGCUCGAGGCGCCACACAUCAUGAGCCUGCACGUCGACACACUCGUGGGCAAAUUUAUCAGCCUGACAGACAACCCUGCUAUGGCAAUCCGCAUUGCUGCGCUACAGUGCCUCCAUGCACUUGCCUCCCUCCCCACUCCAGUGGUGAUACCUUACAAGCCACGAGUGAUUCGAGCCCUGGCCAAACCCCUGGAUGACAAGAAGCGGCUGGUGCGGAAGGAAGCUGUGGCAGCACGAGGAGAAUGGUUUCUGCUUGGGACACCUGCCAGGUGAAGGUUCACACUGCAAAUCCUGACUGACAAUCUCACCUGCCCCCACUCACCUGGUAAGCUGUUGGCCUUGAUGUCCUGGGGCCUAGAUUUCCAUGCAAAGCAGCAAGGCUCUGGGCAGAAGAGGACUUUUUUGUGGACUGCCCUUUCCUAACCACAACAUCAGCGUUCAGUAGGAAGGAACAGCCAGCCCCUGUUCCUGCUGCAGCACAGUAGUGAGUGGAGGUGGCAGGACCCCCAUAUAUUAUGUAUGUAUGGGGCCAGAAGAAUAAAAACUUGUUUGCUAACAGCCUCUGGCAAAAGUGCUUCUUGUGGGGAAGUAGUAGAAAUAAGGGUCUUGCCUUCACCUUCUAUUAAGUCCAGCUUCCCCACCUUCCUGCCAUAAUGGUGUCUGCGUACAGAGAGAUUUUUCAUGUGCUAAUAGAACUAAAGCCUACUGCAUGAACUUAGCACCUCUCAUGCAAAGAUCAAACAGUGAAUUACUUUAAUACAGAAUAUUUCUGAAUACAAGUUGCAAGAGCUGAGCCUAGGUGUCUAGGAAUGUUCUGUCUGAUGUGAUACCUGCUGGAGAAAUCUAGCAAACUAGCAUAGGAAGAUACUGACUGAUCUGGUAUGCCUUUUUCUGUAAGUGCAGGCUGGUGGUUGUUUACUUUCUUAAUUAUUAGCCACUGGUAUUAAAUUGGUGAAGCUGCAGCUGCCUUUGGCAGUAAAAUGAGUUCAGAAAUCCACCUGAGCCCCUGUGUGGCAUUCUGCAAUGAGGUUGUAGUUUGCUUGUUUGGAAAGUGUUCUACAAAUAAAGUUUUUUAAGAGUG